GGUACACCGGGGCACGGGGGGCACCGGGGGGCACGGCACUGGUACACCGGGGGCACGGGGGGCACCGGGGUCCUGACCUGACCGGGCACAUGGCCCUGGCACCGGGGUCCGCACUGGGUACGCGGCCCUGGCCCGGGGGUCCCGGGGUCUUUGCGGUCGGUCCUGCCCGGGGGCACGGCCCUGGCGCGGGGGUCCCGGGGAUGGCGGGCAGCGCUGAGGCAGCGCCGUGCCCGCAGCACUACGCCAGCCGGAACGGGCACCUGGGCGUGUGCCGGCUGCUGCUGGAGCGCGGCGCCCCGUGCGACGCCCGCACCCCCGGCGGAGCCACCCCGCUGCACCGCGCCUGCUACUGCGGGCACCGCGCCGUCACCGAGCUGCUGCUGGCGCACGGAGCCGACCCCGCCGCCGCCGACGGCGACGGCAAGACCGGCCUGCACAAGGCCGCCGAGCAGGGGCACCGCGAGCUCUGUGCCCUCCUCCUGCGCCAGCGCCCGGCCCUCGCUGCGCUCCGCGAUGCCAGGGGCCGCAGCCCGCGGGACGGGGCGCACCCGGCCGUGCGGGACCUGCUGGACACCUGAGGGGACACGGAGGCGACAGCCGCGCCCGGGCACUGUCGCGCUCCCGGUGCCCGGCCCGGUACCGCCGCUGCUACUUCCGUGUCCCGCCCCACGCCCCGCGCUCUCAACCAAUCACCGCCCGUCUUUCCCCGUAGCCCCGCCUCCCCUCCCUACAGCCAAUCACCACGCGCGGUGCAUUUAGGGGGCGGGGUUUCGCGGUGUAAACAGCCCCCGCGGGUGGGGGGGAUUUAAAGGCGCCGCGACCUUUUUAACCGGGCCCCUCCCCCGGUAACCGGGACCCCUGCGCGGCACCGAGCACACCCAGGUACAGAUAUAGAAUUUUUAUUAACCCUUCUGACAAAAAAAAAAAACCCAAAAAAGAACCCUCCGUGAAAUAAAAAUUCCACGGUCGGUUUACACAACCGGGGCGUGGGGGGAGGGGCGGAACCGGGAG